CCCCUCCUUAGAGGUCCACCCCCCUCUCGCCGCCCCGCCGUGGGGGCGCCGCCGGCCCGUGGUCAUGCUCCACCUCAGCGGGGUCACGUACCGGCCGUCCACGGACGAGGUCCUCCUCUUCAAGAACACUCACCCCGGCUUCGACAGGUUCACCCAGCUGCUGAACAGCACGCGGGCGCCGCUCGGCUGCCGCUGGUCGUCCAGCAGGAGCUGCUGGAGUCCCUGGGGCGGCCGCUGGAGUACGAACACAUCGCGUCCUACAAGGCCGUGGUGCUGGUGCCCCACGUGCCGAACAAUGCCGCCUUUGCCGACCUCUACGCCAUGCAGGUCCCCAUGUUCCUGCCGGCGGAACCCUACAUCUACACGUGGAUGUGGGCGAACUCGGCCGUGUUCGGCGGGCCCGCGCUCUUCGCCGUGGGCACGACGGCGAUGCAGAGCCGGGCGCCGGCCGGGCUGCGGCCUGCGGCCCCGGCUUGGUGGCUCGAGGAGGGGGCCAACGUGAGUGCGCAGUACCCCCCGUUUGCGCACCUGACGGCCGGGUUCCCGUCCGAACCCUGCGGUGGCGGAUUCUGCUGCACAAGGCCUACUGGUUCCAGUACUCGGACUACGGUGCGCUGCCUGGGCCGCGGCGCUUCCGCAGCGUCGCCGAGCUGGUGGUGCUGCUGGCAGGGUUUUCCAAGGAGGAAGCAGACAGCGCCAGCCGCGCGAUGAGGGGGGCGCACCAGAGGCGGGUACACGGGGUCAAGAGCUGGAUGGCGUGCACGUUGGCGAGUCUGCAGGACGGAUCAGGAAA